UUUGGUUUACGAAGGAGAAAAAGUGGUUGAGAAAAAUAAAUUUAGCGACUGCUUCUUCAAACUUCGUGUAAAAGUGGUGUAAAAUGGCUCUGAACAAGUUGGCAAUUGAUCAGAUUGAUCUUAAAGGAAAGAGGGUACUUAUGAGGGUCGACUUCAAUGUUCCUCUGAAAGAAGGCAAAAUAACUAACACUCAGAGAAUUGUAGCAGCUUUAGACACAAUCAAGUAUGCACUGGAAAAGGGAGCUAAAUCUGUGGUUUUGAUGAGUCAUCUAGGCCGUCCUGAUGGAAAACGUUCAGAAAAAUACUCUCUACUGCCUGUUAAAGCAGAGCUGGAAAAACUGCUAGGAAAGUCAGUGGAGUUUCUAUCGGACUGUGUAGGACCUGAGGUGGAGGCAAAGUGUGCCGACCCCCCUGCUGGUUCUGUGAUUCUCCUAGAAAAUCUCCGCUUCCAUGUAGAGGAGGAAGGAAAAGGGGUCAACGAGGCAGGGGAAAAGGUCAAAGCCUCAAAAGAAGCUGUGGAAGCAUUCCGUCAGUCUCUAUCCAAACUAGGAGAUGUGUAUGUUAAUGAUGCAUUUGGAACUGCACACAGAGCCCAUAGUUCAAUGGUUGGGUGCCAGCUUGCACAGAGAGCAUCAGGAUUUUUGCUAAAGAAAGAAUUAACUUACUUUGCAAAGGCACUGGAAAACCCAGACAGGCCAUUCUUAGCCAUUUUAGGAGGGGCAAAGGUUGCAGACAAAAUUCAGCUGAUAGAAAACAUGUUGGAUAAAGUGAAUGAAAUGAUUAUAGGGGGUGGCAUGGCUUUUACUUUUUUGAAGGUUCUAAAUGAUAUGAAGAUUGGUAAUUCUCUUUAUGAUGAGGAGGGAUCAAAGAUCAUUAAGAACUUGAUGGAUAAAGCUGCCAAGAACAAUGUCACAAUCACCCUCCCCUCAGACUUUGUGACAGGGGAUAAAUUUGCUGAGGAUGCCACUGUUGGAUCCGCCACCGUAGAAUCAGGGAUCCCAGAUGGUAGUAUGGGAUUGGAUGUAGGUCCCCAGUCCAUAGCUAAAUUUAAGGAGGUCAUAGGCAGAGCCAAAACUAUUGUAUGGAAUGGACCUCCAGGUGUAUUUGAGUUUGAAAACUUUAAGAAAGGGACAGUGGCAGUGAUGGAUGCUGUAGUUGAAGCAACACAAAGAGGAGCCACAACAAUCAUUGGUGGUGGUGAUACCGCAACCUGUGCAGCUAAGUUUGGAACAGAGGACAAAGUCAGCCAUGUUUCUACAGGUGGUGGAGCAAGCUUAGAGUUGUUAGAGGGUAAAACACUCCCAGGUGUUGCUGCAUUAUCAGAUGCUGCUUAAAUCAGAUCUAUUUUAUAGAAAAAAAAUAGGAGGAUUUAACAAUCUUGGUACAGUAGACUCAUGUGUUUGUCAAUAAAAAUCAUGACUAUGUUUUGACAUUAAUAAUAUAGAUACAUGUAUAUUGUAAGAUUUAUGCCUUUUUUUAAAACUUGUAAUCCAAAAAUUGGUGAAAGACCAUAAAUGGUAUGUUUGGCAUAAAAAAAAGACUAUGCUUGUACCUUCAUGUUUUUAUGACUCAAAAUCUUGUUGGAAGGAGAAUAGAGGGUUGUACAUGUAUAAAAGGUAAAACUUUAUUAAUAUAUUAACACUUAUCCUUCAGCGUAUAGCAUAAUUGUUUCCGGUCUUUUUUUUCUUUGUUAUUUAUAUAUGCCCCUUACAGUGCUUUUUACAUGGAAUGGCAGUUAAUGAUUUUUUUUUCUUUCACAGUCUUAGUUAAAAAUUUUUAAUCUUAAAUACAAACAUGUAUGUAAUUUCAUCCUGAUAUUUCAUCUAUGAUGACUUCCAUGCAGCCAUAAUGCUUUCCAUGUACUGCUUUGUUUUGUUAAGGAAAUAAAAAUGAAACUGAUAA